GCUUGUGACGUAAAACGUGCCGACGUCAUCAUGUGCGCGACUGGCGGGAAUCCUACGCGGCUCGCGGUCUGUCAACAACUUCAGGAGCGAGUUUGAUUCGCGAAUAUUUGAUCAUAAAGUGAUUUAUUCUGAUUUCUCCUCGCGUCAGCAUCAGGAGGAGACAUGCAGGCGUUUCUGAAAGGAUCUUCGUCACAGAGUGUAAAAGCUCAGAAACCGUCCUCUUCAUCAUCUUCAUCAGCUGCAGAGAAGAAGAAGAGCGCGCCCUGGGUGGAGAAAUACAGGCCGAAGUGUGUGGAUGAAGUAGCCUUCCAGGAGGAGGUGGUUGCAGUACUGAAGAAGUCUCUAGAGGGCGCUGAUCUGCCCAACCUGCUGUUUUAUGGCCCUCCUGGAACCGGAAAGACGUCCACCAUCCUAGCGGCCGCCAGAGAGCUUUAUGGGCCCGAGCUGUACCGUCAGAGGGUGCUGGAGCUGAAUGCGUCUGAUGAGCGAGGGAUACAGGUGAUCCGAGAGAAGGUGAAGCGCUUCGCACAGCUGACCGCAGCCGGAGCACGUCCAGACGGGAAGCCCUGUCCUCCGUUUAAGAUCAUCAUCCUGGACGAGGCGGACUCGAUGACCGGUGCAGCUCAGGCGGCUCUCAGACGCACCAUGGAGAAAGAGUCUCGCACCACACGCUUCUGCCUCAUCUGCAACUACGUCAGCCGGAUCAUUGAGCCGCUGACCUCCAGAUGCUCCAAGUUCCGCUUCAAACCGCUGGCCAAUGACAUCCAGCAGGAGCGACUGCUGCAGAUCUGUGGGAAGGAGAACCUGAAGUACACCGCAGAGGGCAUCGAGGCGCUGGUGAAGGUGUCGGAGGGAGAUCUCAGGAAGGCCAUAACUUACCUCCAGAGCGCCUCCAGACUCAACACUGAUCAAGAGAUCACGGAGCAGAUCAUCGUGGAGAUCGCUGGGGUGGUUCCUCCCAAAGUGAUCGAGGCGCUCCUCCAGAUCUGCUACAGAGGCACGUUUGAGAAGCUGGAGCUCGCUGUGAAGGACAUGAUCGAUCAGGGAUACGCCGCCAACAACAUCCUCAGCCAGUUACACGACGUCAUCAUCGACGAGAAGCUGAGCGACAAGCAGAAGUCUGUCAUCACUGAGAAGAUGGCUGAGGUGGAUAAGUGUCUGUCAGACGGCGCAGACGAGUAUCUGCAGUUACUCAGUCUCUGCUCCGUCAUCAUGCAGCAGGCCACACACAGCUCCUGAGCGACCAAUCAGCUGCUCCGUCACACCUGAGCGACCAAUCAGCUCUGGCGCUGAUUCCACACACGCCUGCGUAGACUGUUGUUUUCAACUUUUGAACAUGUAAAGUUUGUAAUUAAAAACCGUUCUUUCUAA